GCCGGAGGCAAAGCGGGGAGGGAGAGCAGCAGGACGGCAGGGCGGCAGCCAGCAUCGGUCACUGUGGGGCCGGUUGGAGUGAGCAGAGGAGGUGGGAGAUGAACGGCAAGCCUCUCCGCUGAACUCUCACAGGGCUGACUGGCCAUCACACACACACACACACACACACACACACACACACACACACACAGUGAUCUGUUACAUUCCCACGAUUCUCCAUCAACAUGAGCUCCUCAUCAUCCAACCUGCACAACAAACGCCUACCCUCGGAGACCGAGCGAGGCCAGAGGCUCCCAGAUGUGGAUGCAGCGCAGUCGCUCAAGCUGAGAGAGAGACAGCGUUUCUUCGAGGAGGUCUUCCAACACGAUGUGGAUGUCUACCUGUCCUCGGCACACCUUUGUAUCAGGGACUACAAGAGACCCCCCAUUGGCAGCAUCUCAUCCAUGGAGGUGAAUGUGGACAUGCUGGACCAGAUGGAGCUGACUGACAUCUCUGACCAGGAGGCUUUGGAUGUUUUCUUCGGCUCUGGAGGAGAAGAGGGAGUGCUGACGCCCCCACUGCCCGUCCGUGGGAACCACAACAACAACAACGAGGAAGUCAUCAGCAAUGGACUCUUCCGAAACGUCCUCGAGGGUCUUGAUGCCAAGUCCCGCAUGUCCUCCACAUCUUCAAACUCCUCCUCCGACAGCCAGACCACCAACGCCAACGGCGGAGACACCCCUGUUGUCGCGUCAGACGAUGAGGAGACACACACCGGCACAGUCAAGAGGCGAACCGCAGCUCCGGAGAGAGAGAGGGUGAAAACCCAGACUCCAUCGUCGUCUUCCUAGGACGCACACCCCUGGUGAUGGAUCUCCACCUGGCCGCAGCAUGGCAGCCGACACCUCGGGCGGGGCGGGGGGCGGGGUGACUCCAACCUACAACCGUCUUCCACAAACUGGCUCUUAUCACUCCUUGCAACCUUUCCUUUGAUUUAUGAGUUGUUGUGUUGUGUUUAUUUUGGAGGUGGGGACUAUGAACUAGAGAUUAAUUCUCACCCGUUUCCAUUCCUGUGAUGAAAUGUUUGAAGGACAACAUUUGCUCCUCUGUCACUUAUCUCGCAGGAUUUACGAUUGAUGAAUGAUUCAUUUUUUUUCUCCGGUACUACCACAACCAGGACUGUAAAGCAAAGACAGGAGUGAGAAUAACAAUAACUGGAUGAAGUAUGGCUUCAGGUAAAUGUGGAGAAAGAAUGUUAAAUGUGCUGUUUCUGAAGGCUACACAUCCUCCUAAUGAUGCAAACUCUUUUCUAGCUCUGGUUUUAAAUGAAUCUCAUGUAAAUUUCUCUGUUUUAACAAUAAAGGAAUGUUUAUUCUCGUGUUUUUAAGAACCAA